GAGGGGAGGGUAUAAGAGGCGGCUCAUGGUAUGCUCUGGAAACAGUACAACAGCAGGUUCAAUCUCAUCCUUUCGACACUCACUCUACUUUACACACACAUUCUCUCUCUACAUCUCUUCUCCAGUCGUCUCCACCGACUCCCAUCUCCAACCACCACCAUCAUGCUUUCCCUCCUCCUCCUAGUUGCGCCCCUCGUGGCAGCCCACGGCCACGUCGAAAGCGUCGUCGUCGGCGGCCAAAAGUUCCAAGGCUGGAACGCAGCCUUCAAGUACCAAAGCCCCAUCCCGGCCACCGUCGGCUGGCAAGCCGACAACCUCGACAACGGCUUCGUCUCGCCCGACGCCUUCGGCACAUCCGCCAUCAUCUGCCACAAGCAAGGCAAGAGCAACGGUGCCUCGGUCCCCGUCAAGCCCGGCGACACAGCCACGUUCGUCUGGGACACCUGGCCAGGCACCCACGUCGGCCCCGUGCAAGAAUACAUGGCCGACUGCGGCGCCAGCUGCGACACGGUCGACCCGGCCAGCCUCAAGUGGACCAAGAUUUCCUCCGCCGCCUGGAAGUCUGGCAGCAACCCUGGUGUCUGGGCUACCGACGACCUUAUCAAGAAUAAGUUCUCCUGGGACGUCAAGAUUCCCAAUGUUGCCCCUGGUAACUACGUCAUCCGUCACGAGAUUAUUGCUCUGCAUGCUGCUGGUCAGACAAACGGUGCGCAGGCGUACCCUCAGUGCGUGAACUUCAAGGUUUCCGGCUCGGGAAGUACUAAGCUGAGCGGUGGUGUUCCUGCUACUAGCUUCUACAAGGCUACCGACCCUGGUAUUCUCUUCAGCCUCUACAGCCCUUUCACUAGCUACCCCACUCCCGGCCCGGCUGUUACCAAGCUCUCCAGGAAGAGACACGCCAGGGACCUUGAGAACUAG